GCUGAGGCAUGCGCUCGAGCUGCUGCAGCUACCGGUGACUGCUUUGCGCCACAAUGGGUCGGCGAUGUGCAGCUGCAAUUCUUCAUCGAACUC